AAUAACAAUUACCUCUUCUUACACUUGCAGUUGUUGAGAGCGCCCGAGCAUUUUGAAAUGAAUUGGGUCUUUAGUUUGUUUGGUGUACUAGGCUGCCUUGCUGUAGCGCACUGCAGCAAUAUUCGUGUUGAAUUAGCCAACUCAGCGCCGAGAAGAGUUGUGUUUUUCCCGUUGGCUGGAAACACGAACUUUUCUAAGUUGCAAAACUACCUGGAGACCGAGUGGAGCGCGAAUCGUCAAGUUGGGAAGAAUCUGCAUCUGCCGGAGUCAACUAUAGAUGCAUUACGAGCAUACGCUGACGGUGAUGUAACGUCUGCAAGCGAUCCAGAGUUCCCAAACUAUUUAAAAGUUGCAGAAUUGGCCCCAUCGCUGGCUGACGUAAUUUUAGGUUCGAACAGCCAAAGGCCAGUUGUACCACGACAAAAUAUUACGUGUAGUUUUCAAGUAACGUACACUUGCACUAGAAGAGUGCUGGAACGCUAUACGGCAAUUUGCUUGUGGAGAUUAUGUGAUAGGUAUCGUUACGUAAAUAGACUGACUCAAUGUACAAGAACACAACAACGCUGCUGUACCGGUUACAACUUAGGAGCAAGCGGUUAUUGUGAGCGAGAGGCCCAAUCACAAACAACAGAUUCUGGAUGCGGUAACCCUCGGCGCUUGGUACAACGAAAUGGUAUCCUCCAAUCUCCAGGAUACCCUAGCAUAGAUUAUGAAGCUAACCUAAAUUGCCGCUGGUCUAUAAAUGUACCGCUUGGAUAUAAAGCAAUCUUGAAGGUUUUAGAUCUGGACAUGGAAAACGGAAAUGGCGUUUGCAAUCUCGAAGCAGGGACAUGUUACCAGCAAUGCAGCUUUGAUCAUCUAAGAAUAUUUGGAACCAGACCAAACACCACGAAAAUUUUAUGUGGCAAUUUGGCCCCUUUUACAGAAUACGAAUCCGUUGGUAAUUCGGUCGAAAUAGCUUUUACAACCGAUGACUCUGUCUAUGGAAGGGGAUUUAAGAUUGUGUACAGCGUCGUCCCAGUUUCUGCUUUGAGAAGUACUGCGUGUCCUAAUGGUCAGGUUUGGCAAAAAUGUCGUCGAAAAUGCGCUCUAACAUGCCAGAACAACAGCUUAAGACCAUCCAACUCAAUCUGGAGAAACUGUAUCGACAGUACCGGUCGUACGUCAGUGGUGUCCUCGACCAGGAUUGAUGACAUCAUUUGCACCCCGGGCUGUACCUGUCCAUCAAGCAGACCUGUCUUGUAUGGUAACAGAUGUGAGAAAAUUGAAUUUUGUCCAAACACCUUGUUUCAAUGCGGUAAAUCUAUUCCACGACCAUCGCCUAAGAUUAUAGGUGGAAGGUGGGCAGGACCUGGCGAAUACCCUUGGAUGGUACAGAUCACAACGAAUGACGAGCACGCGGUUUGUGGUGCGACUCUUAUAUGCUCGAAUUGGGUGGUAACUGCCGCACAUUGCUUUCUAAAGAAAAGGGGAACUCUUGUUAUGCCAAACCCAAUUGAUAAGCUGCAAUAUUUAAUCCACGUUGGGAAAUACUGGAAAUAUGGCCAACAAGAUCGACGUAGAGUUCAGACGUACCGAGCUUCUCGUAUCAUCAUACAUCCACAAUACAACCAUAGGAACGACCGUGAAGAUAUUGCCCUCAUUGAACUUGAUGGAUACGUAGCAGACAUGACACACGCGAGACCGAUCUGUUUGCCAUCUGCUCUUGGGCGCCAUCUCUCGUCGGAAUAUAUUUUCAAUCGAACAAAUGGUUAUCCUAACGUUGGCGACACAUGCAAAGCUCUAGGGUGGGGAAUUACAAGAAAUAUUGGACCAAGCGCGACGAUUUUGAAAGAACUUGAUAUGGUUGUGGCUGCUGGGUCGGGAUGUGCUAGUUACCAUGACUACAAUUGGAGAAAAAUAUUAUGUGCUGGUGGAGAGGCAGGGAGAGACACAUGCAAGGGCGACAGCGGAGGUCCGUUCUUAUGCAUUACCAACAGUCGUUGGUAUAUUCACGGAAUAACAAGCUUUGGACAUGGAUGUGCCCGUGGUGUACCUGGUGGCUAUACAAGAGUGAGCAACUAUAUUAACUGGAUACGUUUACAUAUUGGCCAGUUAUGUGGCGUAGUACGUUAAUGUUAAUUUCCGUGUGCCAUCGUCAAUAUUAUGUUCCGUAUUUUUAUUUUUUUUUCUUUGAACGUCGCAUGUUAUAUAGUACUAUGGGGGAAGACGGGACACCUUUAGCUGAUAACAUUCAAAUAUCCUGAUCGUGUUUUAAAUAAUUAACAACGGUACAUGGAAGUCGUGAGAAUACGGUUUCACAAUUCUUUGUUUACUACCAAAUGGAACAAAAAAGUAGAGUGAAAAGUUGUCCCAUCCUCCCCCACCCUACUAUGAGUUUAUAUGAAGUGAGGAUUUAACUCAAUACUCAUACAUCAUCUUUGAUUAUGUUAUGUAACAAAUAUGCAAAUGAAUAACAUAUAUAGUUGUGCAUUAUCGUAUUUAAACACACAUUCCCUUCGUUUGCGAAGUCUUUUUGAAAUGUUCCGAUUUUUCGUACGUUGUAAAUAGUGAUUACGCGUCAUCAGAUUUCAUUAAUGACUGAAAUAAAUAUGAUGAAAUAACAUUCAAAAC